UGUGUGUGUGACAUUCAUCUCAUCUUCUGGGGUUCUUGUGGAGAAAGGAAUCACUUUAUAUGUCUGGAUUCUGUGGAUAAUAAUGCGUAUAUUUGUUUUAUUUUUUUAAGCCAUGUCGUAUUAACUUCAUAGGAGUCAUGCAUAACUAUUUUGGAGGUUGUUUAUCAAUAGUGUCCUUAAUUUUGACGUUUUGGACUGAGGGUUGCCACUCAUCGGGUUAUUUGGAGCUCCAGUUGAUCAGCGUGGAGAAUGACAGGGGUGAGCUCGCGAGUGGAAACUGUUGCGACGGCGCGCGAAGCGCACGAGACGCUCGGUGCGACCGGGACGAAUGUGACACGUACUUCAGAGUGUGUCUAAAGGAAUACCAGGUGGAGAUCACCACGUCUGGCUUAUGUACAUACGGCACUGGACGCUCGAGCGUGCUCGGAGGGAAUACGUUUCAGUUCAAAGGAUUCAAUGGAAACCCAAACAAGGCCAAUGACCUCGGGACCGUUAUCAUCCCCUUUCAGUUCGCCUGGCCGCGAGCGUACACUCUGAUCGUAGAGGCUUGGGACUGGGACAACGAAACAGUCACUGACAACCGUGAUGAUCUGUUGAUCGAGCUGAGUGUUAACCGUGGGGAAAUGAACCCUGGAGAGGAACGACAGAUGAUUCAGCACAAGGGUCAAACUGCCAGCUUUCAGUACAGUGUGCGUGUGCGCUGUGACAGACAUUACUACGGCAACAAGUGCAACAAACAAUGUCGCCCUCGCGAUGAUUACUUUGGACAUUACACAUGUGAUCACCUCGGCAAUCAGCAGUGUAUGGAGGGCUGGACUGAGCAGGACUGCAAGAAAGCUAUCUGUAAGCAAGGCUGCAGUGAGCUGCACGGAAGCUGUGACGCUCCAGGAGAAUGUGUGUGUAAGUACGGCUGGCAGGGUCCGCUGUGUGACGAGUGUUUGCCGUAUCCAGGUUGUGUGCACGGCACCUGUGUGAAACCCUGGACAUGUACCUGUGAGACGAACUGGGGAGGACUUCUGUGUGACAAAGAUCUGAAUUAUUGUGGGACGCAUAAGCCCUGUGUGAACGGAGGCACAUGUCUGAAUACAGAGCCGGACGAAUAUUUCUGCUCCUGUCCUGAGGGUUACUCUGGCAAAAACUGUCAUAUUGGGGGAAAAGACACUGUGGAGACCACACCUGCCCAGGGACGUGGAGCCGAGCAUGCAUGCAUGUCAAACCCAUGUGCGAAUGGCGGGACUUGUCAUGAGCUGGGAUCAGGGUUUGAGUGUCAGUGUCCCCCUGGCUGGGAUGGCCCAACCUGUGCUAAAGACAAAGACGAGUGUGCGUCUAACCCGUGCGCUCAUGGGGGAACCUGCUUUGAUCUUGAGAACGGUUUUGAUUGCUUAUGUCUCCCACAAUGGACCGGCAAGACCUGUAAGAUAGAUGUGAAUGAGUGUACGAGAAGACCUUGUCUAAAUGCUUACGCUUGUAAAAAUCUAAUUGGUGGAUAUCAUUGCAACUGCUACCCAGGCUGGGCGGGACCGAACUGUAACAUCAAUGUCAACAGCUGUUAUGGUCAGUGUCAGAAUGGAGGAACCUGUCAGGAUGUUCGUCAUGGUUAUGAGUGCCAUUGCCAGCCGGGGUUCGUGGGAAGACACUGCGAGGUGCAGCAGAGCAGGUGUGCAAGCGCCACAUGCCAAAAUGGUGGACGCUGCCGUUCACUAACUAUGGGCUAUGAGUGUGAGUGCCUGUACGGAUACACCGGAACUAACUGUGAGGUACAGGUGGAUCCAUGCAUUCUAAACCCGUGUCAGAAUAAAGCUCAGUGUCACUCUCUGCAGGGAGAUUUUUACUGUGCCUGUGAUGAUGAAUACGAAGGAAAGACAUGCAGUCAGCUUCGAGACCACUGCAAGACCAGCACCUGCCAAGUGAUUGACAGCUGUACUAUUGCCGUGACAACCAAUGGCACAGCAAAAGCAGUUAGGCACAUCUUAUCCAAUGUGUGUGGUCCUCACGGGCGCUGCAUCAGCCAAUCAGGCAGUAACUUCACUUGUACCUGCCAACCAGGGUUCACUGGGACAUACUGUCAUGAGAAUAUAAAUGACUGUGUGUCAUCUCCGUGUCACAAUGGAGGAACCUGCAUUGACGACAUCAGCUCCUUCCGCUGUGUCUGUCCUGAUGGCUUUGAUGGACAACUCUGUGACCUGGAGGUGAAUGAGUGUAGUGAUGAGCCUUGUCUAAAUGGAGGUAAUUGUAUCGAUCUGCUGAAUGAUUUCUACUGUCGCUGCACAGACAACUGGAAGGGAAAGACGUGUAACUCACGAGACAAUCAGUGUGAUCCCAAUACAUGUGCUAACGGGGGAACAUGCUACGAUCAUGGAGACUCAUUCCGCUGUGUGUGCCCAUCCGGAUGGGGUGGAAGUACCUGCAACACAGCGAUGAACAACACAUGUGAAUCUGGGCCGUGUCUGAAUGGUGGAACUUGUGUUGGAGGAGGCGGAGCCUUCACAUGCAUCUGCAAGGAUGGAUGGGAGGGGCCUACCUGUGCUCAGAAUGUUGAUGACUGCAACCCUCAUCCCUGUUAUAAUGGAGGACUAUGUGUGGAUGGGGUGAACUGGUUUCGCUGUGAAUGUGCUCCUGGAUAUGCUGGGCCUGAUUGCCGCAUAAAUAUAGAUGAGUGUCAGUCCUCUCCCUGUUCAUAUGGAGCCACAUGUGUGGAUGAGAUUAAUGGAUAUCGUUGUCUGUGCCCUGUUGGUCGAGCUGGACCACGCUGCCAGGAGUUUAUCGGAGUCGGGAGGGCAUGUGAUCGCUCAGGGUUGCAGGUUCAUCAUGGUGAUCGUUGGGAGGAUGGGUGCAACAGCUGUCAGUGUAUGAACGGAAACAUCCUGUGCACUAAAGUGCGUUGUGGUCCUCAGCCCUGCCUGUUGCAGUCAGGCUUUGGUGAGUCACAGCACCCCCUGUGUCCACUAGAGCAGGAGUGUUUAGAGCAUAAUUUCCUGUCUUGCCUCCGUCCCCCCUGCCAUCAGCUGGGGAUAUGCUCCACUUCUGAACAUCCACAACCAGUCAGCACUCAAUGCCUUCCCAACAACGCCUACAUAGAUGACAACUGUGCUCGUGUUACGCUUGUAUUUGACUCUGAUAGUGUUCCGCAGGGGACAACUGCUGAAGGUGUUUGCACAGAGUUAACGUAUCUGCCAAUCACACAAAUCCUGGCCAAAGACCAAACCCUUUACAUUCUUUGUGACCAAUCACCUUCCAGCCACAAUGCAGUGGAGGUUGCUAUGUCAUAUGAGCAAAACAGCUUUGUGGAGGGACGUGCUCAGAUACAGGAUGUGGUCCGUUCCAUCAUUGAUGUUCUGACCAAACGUCACAACAGCACAUUACUAUUGGCUGUGAGAGAGGUCAGAGUUGACACUCAGGACCUGCGACCCUCAGUUGGAUACCUUGUCCCGUUACUGUGCGUGCUGUUUGUGAUAUUGUGGAUCUCCUGUGUCGUCGUGUGUGUGUGGUGGUUCCGUAGACACAGGAAAGCGAGAGAAAGAGACCACACGCAGAUGCAGGAGAGAAUCAACAACCAGCGUGGGAUGCUACUAAGCACUCAUAUGCCACACAAAGACAACACAGACACACUGCAAGAGAAUAAGAACCUGAUUUACCCUCUGGAUCGGGUGGGAGACGGAGCUGAACGAGAGGAAGACGAGGAAGAGAGGGAGGAAGAGGGGGAGGAAGUGGGAGACAGAGGGCUUGUUAUGCAUAAAUGCUCAUCUCUCGCAUACUCUAAGGGGAAUGUAGUGUACACUAUUCACACUUCAGGUCAAAAUCAGCCACACAGAACACUCUACAGCAGCAAGGAUAAGAACAAUGUGAAUGAGAGCAUGAGCAAGCACACGAAAGAUCAUUAUGUAUGAAAGAGCCACACAAACUGGAAAUAUAAAAGUAUUUUUUGGCUAGCUGACUUAAAAGCACCCUGGGCUUGUGCGAUUGUUUCUUUUUAUUGUUUUCUUUUGUCUUUGUGUGGACAAAUGCAAUGGGAAUUUGUCACAAAACUGCAACAAAUCAGAUAUUCAGAGAAUGGCUUUCAAAAUCCUUUUCUUCUGUUUACACUUGCACUCACUUUCUUUAAAAAGAAGGACAUUUUUACACAAGGCUGAACUUUUGGAUUACGUCUGUGAACUGUGGCGAGAUCUGUGACUUAUGGGGCAAAGGAGGAAUCAGCGAUAGGCAGCUUUGAAUUGUUUUUGAUUAUGUCCAGACCUGCCCUAAGUCAAGUGUUAGGAGCAGUCAUGUGUUCCAGAGGGAUAUUUACACAAGUGCCUCAUUAAACCUUCGAAAAAGUGCUUGCAGCUGACAGAAGCAUUUUAUUCUUUUAAAUACACUUUUCACAGUGAUACUCAAAAAAUAUUUGUAGUUUUUAGUUUUUUUUUGCUGACAAAUGUGGUAGACACACUUAAGAAUGUUUAGACAAAAAGGUUUACCUUUUAAUUUAAAUUCACCAAAGUACACUUACACUAGUGGGUGAUUCUCACGAAACCUGUCAAGAAAAUGUGUUAGGUCCUAUUUUACUCCAAAAUUAAAAGAAACAAAUAAGAAAUUAUUUUGCCUGUAGAAAGUGAAACCUGUUUUGGGGUCAUUAAUAUUUUUUACAUUGUGAUAUUAUGAUUUAUAUGACAUUUUAGCUUCCAGUUCUCAUUACUGCAACGUUAAAAAAUGUCUAUAUCUUCAUGCAACCCUUCGCACACAUGCGUGGACAUUGUAUUUUGGCUUCACUAUAUGCAAUGCAUGGAGUCAUGUGACAAUACAACAUGGUGCCGACCACAGCAUAGUUUAUUUUUGGGAGAAACACCAACAAAAUUACAUGUUUUCGUGUUAAGAACCCUAAUUAAGUUUAUACAUUGAGUCAAAAGAUUACAGUUUUGAGUUAUUAGAGUCAUCAGUAGUUUCAUCCAUAUGCCAUUUUUAAAAUGUUAGCGAUUUAUCACAAAAUGUCACGCUGCUAAACACAGUGCACACUAAUGUGUUUAGCAGGUUUUUUCCUUAUAAAUCCUAUAUUUACUGUGCAUUAUCACUUUGAGAAUCAAUGGGUUCAUCCAAAAACAAAAAAAAAUUUCUUUCAGAGGCUUUAUCUGAAGUUGUAUUUAGAACUGUUCUGAGACCAGUGCAGACAGAUAGAACACUGGAGGUUAAUUCAUUCACUAACUAGGGAACAAGGGAGCACCCUGAAGUGCAUUCAAUCCAAACUUCUGAUCAAAAGUUCAGUUUCAAUCUGCAGAUGAUGUUUGGACCACUCAACAUGCUUGGCAGACAUGUGAAAUUGGUAAUGAGUACAUAGAUUCAGAAUUUAUAAUGCAUCAUUUUAUUUUAACAUGUUUGGCAGUGAUUGGAUGAUGCUGGCCAUUACUUUGAAUAAGAGGUAAUUCUGCAAAUUUCUGAUGUAAUAUCUGUAACAUCUCGAAAACUUGAAUAGCCAACACUCCUGGACACAUAAUACACCAUUUUAUAAAAACAAAUCUGACUUUCUAUAUAAAAUUUCACAACAUAGUCUCACUGUCCACAUAUGUUGCCAUUAAUUUUUGGGAAACAUAUUUGCUCUAUUUCUUUUUUUUUUUUUUUUGCAUGUUUAUUAGGUGUUACUAUUUACAAAUCAAAAUGCAUACAGCAGUCACCCUCAUGUCUUAGGAGUAUAUUAAUUAAAUUGUAAAGUAUUUAUACCUUAGUCCCUUAGUACUACAUUUCAUUUGCGCUGAUUUUAUUAAAGAAAAUCAUUGUACAAUAGCAUAUUUUUUAUUCUAAUAGAGUAAAAAAAAUGACUUUGUUAUGGUUAUAAGAAUAAUAAUUGAUAACAAGGAAAAUAGUCAAGAAAAACAUCCGGACACAUCAUGACAAUGGUAUUUGGGGGUAAAAUGUACACAAGUGUCCUAAAAACAAUGUCGCAAUCUUUUUGUCCUAAAUCUAGGCUUAAUGCAAACUAUAAUUUUGUGUGUAUAUAUAUAUAUAUAUAUAUAUAUAUAUAUAUAUAUAUAUAUAUAUAUAUAUAUAUAUAUAUAUAUAAUCAUAUGGAUUUGGGGUUAAAUUUGACCAGGACUUUUUCUUGACAUGUUUCGUGAGAACCACCCUGUAAAACUCCGUAGGUUAGUCUGUUAGGGGUCUUUUGCUGGGAAUUGGUACUCGCAGUCCUAACGCAGUAAAAUAGUAUUUUGACUGAUACACUCUCACCCACAUAGUUAAUAAUUAUUGCUUGGUUUUUGAUAGUGUGAGAUGAAUAUGGAGCUUUUAUUUCAUGUGACAGUCUAUGACAGCCAUAUAAAUAGAAAAGACACAGUUUAAAGGAUCAAUGAUCCUUUCUAUGAUCUUUCUUUGAUCUUUGAGACUCUUUGAGAGUUUGUGUUGGUGAGAAACACACUGUUGUAUUCUCCUUCUCCCAGAGCUCUUGGGUUUUUUGGUCACCCAUUAAAUGAAAAUAAUUUGAGUUGUUUGAUCACUGAAAGAUGAAUGAAUUAAAAAGAUGAUACAUGUAUAUACAAAUGUAAAUAGUGAAAGAAAGACAUAGCUUUGUAUAUUUGAGUUGACUAACUUAUGUGAUGCCAUUUUAUUAUUUUAAUUCUUGAAUUAUUAUUUUCUUCUCUUUUUUUGUCUCUUUCAGUCUUUCAUCAGUGUCAUUCCUUUUAUUUAUGUUGUUCGGAAAAUGUUUUUUUAAUAUAUAAAUUUGUAAAAGGUUCACAGGCUGGUAGUUUAUCUGCAAAGACUUUUGAUAAGAGAUUAUUCUGAACAUUAAAUUAUCUAUGUUCAUGUUAGAAUAGAUUAUCUGUGUUAUUUUUAUGCAUUUUCUAAUGAAUGUUGACUAGGCAGUGGACACACUGACCAUGCUGAAAGUAAAAAAGAAAACAACAAUUAUUUUGCCGCUAAUUAAAACCUGCCUUUUUCUGAAACUCAAAGACUUCAAAGAACUCUGAUGCAUGUCUGAGUGGCACUUUGUCUCCUUGGAAAAGUCCAACACCUGCAUUUUCAAGCCAAUGUCUGUCGUGAUAUAAUUAUGUGUUUAUAUUAGUGUCCCAGACUGUCUGGACUUUUUUUUAUUCAUAAUGUGCUCAGAACGUUACUGCUUGUCAUAAUACUACAAUUCAAACUGAAACCACAAACGGACCAGAUUCUACCAUGUGAUAAUGACCCACGUAAAUAAAAGAAGUAACACUUGAGUGCAAACUAGCAAUACACUACUAAGUGUUUCUCCUGCCUAAGUAUUACGUUAAACUUUAGAUUUUAUAAAUAUGACAUCUUGUAUAAAAUGGUACUAUAUUGCUAUAAUACCAUUGUAAGAAAGAACACUAGAGCUGUGUCCCAAACGACACAUUAUACACUAUGCACUUUUAAAAUAUACUAUGCACUCAGCCGUGUUGUGUAUGAAUUUUCAAAGUGCACUAUCAUCCCAAAUGGAACACUUCACCUUUUUUACAUGGAAGCAUUCGCCGUUUAACAGCUGACGGAAGUGACGUUUCAAAGCCAAGCAUUGUGUUGCCGCUAGCUUUAGUGCACUAUCCACCCUUAGUUCAACACCUGUAUGUAAUAUUCACCCAGCAUGGUAUGAUGUUAAAUGCUUAACUCACUUUUUUAAGGUGCUGUCUUCACUGACGUUUCACCAGUUGUCAUAUUCUCCAUUAUUUACAAUUGUUUUGCCAGAUCACCAUCGCUGUCGGUAACUCCGCCCCUUCCGCUAUGUACUGCAAGCCGCGUACUCUGAGUACAUGAAGUGUCCAACAUUCCACACUCCGUUUUGAUGGUUGAAAAAGUGCAUCAUUUGGAUACUCGUAGUACACUUUUUUUUGUUGCAUUGUCAGUGUAAACAUACUACUCGCACUACUUAAACUUCAAAAUGAUGUAAAAUAGUGCAGAAGUGUGCGGUUUGGGAUGCACCUAUGAACAAAAUAAUGGUAUAGAAUGGCAGGUGUGGGACGGCCUGUUGUAGUUUCUUGGUCAAAUACAAUGCAAUUGUUUCAAGGUUUUUGGAAGACCAGGAGAAUUGUAUCAGUGCAUGUUGCUUUUGCUGAAUGAAGGGAACAAUUUCUGUUUUUCUAUUUCCUUUCUGUCAUCUGUUAUAUUUGGUGUCUUUAUACAGAUUUUAUAUUUAUAUGGAUACAGGAGGAAUUUAUGAAUGCAAAAUCUGACAGUCAAUUAGAUGUAUUCACAUUCUGAUUUAUGUCACUACUCAAAUAAAGUUGUGCUUUCCAUAUUUUUGAUCAUUGUACAAUAAAGGAAAUGAAAUAAUGCCCUCACAUAUAAAGAACAGCUCAAAACUCUUAAUAGUCCAUCACAAUAGUGGCUGUGAUAUUUCUACAUGCACUGUACCUAAUGCUAUUUCAUUUAAUUUGUAGUAGCAUUUAUUUAUUUAUUUAUUUAUUUGACUUUUCCAAAAACAAGAAGUCAUGACUCAUCUGUCAAUCUGUCUCUCAUCUGGCAUCAUGCAUGAUGGUUAAAUCCAGCCACAGAAG